AUGUCUGGCACGAAAAUCUCCCUAAAGAAGAAGAAAGGCCCUAAGAAACUCCUACGGAAAGACGAUGGCAGCGAUUACGGUGAUGAUGAUGAGGAGGAGAAUAACAAUCUCAAGCUGACAAAAGCGCAAGAGAUCACCUCAUUUGGAAAAGAAUCUCAACAAAAGAAACCGGUCCAGGUAAAACUCCAGAAUGUCAACCAUCUGCUCCGACCGCGGGCUAGAGAUGCCAGCGAUAAGGAAGACGAUUGUUCAGAAGAGGACAAUGAGAUAGACCCCGACGACUUUGGAGCGUGUUAUCUCCGAGCAUUGGGAUGGAAAGGGGAAGAUGAGGAGACCAGGCCGGGGCGCCAUGAGCCAAAAGCAAACAACACCACUACUCACAGGCAACAGGGAGUAGCCUUGGGAAUAGGGGCAAAAGCGGUAUCUGUGGAUUUGGCCAAGGAAUUGCAGAGUCAAAUUGACAUUCCCGUGGUGAAGAAAAGUAGAAAGGAGUAA